UUUAAGCUUCACAAUAAUUUGACUGAAAUUGGAUUAGGAGUUCUUUGGUAUGGUUGGCAUAACUGUUGGUUGUCUUUGCAGGUGAGAGGUUCUCAUGUUGGUACUUAUCUCCCCAGCUCUGGGGUCUGGCGUCAUAUCCAACGUGCUCUAAAGAAAGGUGUCUCAAAACCAAAAACUGUUCAUCACUUGGAUUUUGAUGCUCCAACGUGUGAACAUGCUGAACAACUACCCGAUGAUAAAAAACAAGAUGAAUCUCUUCUGGAAGAUGUCUGGACUUUGUUAAGGGCUGGCAGACUAGAGGAGGCAUGUGAUCUUUGCCGGUCUGCUGGACAGCCAUGGAGAGCUGCAACUCUAUGCCCAUUUGGAGGGUUGGACCUAUGUCCAUCAGUUGAAGCCCUGGUAAAAAAUGGAAAUAAUAGAACUCUGCAAGCUAUUGAACUUGAAAGUGGCAUUGGUCACCAAUGGCGCCUUUGGAAAUGGGCUACCUAUUGUGUAUCAGAGAGCAAGAUGGUGGGAAAUAUGAAACAGCAGUAUAUGCAGCCAAGUGUAGUAACUUGAAGCGUAUUCUUCCUAUUUGUGCAGACUGGGAGGUAAUAUUUUGCUC